AUGAAUACUGAUGGUAUAGAUGCUGGCAUUGAAAAACCUACUGAGACAGAGAUACCAGUAGUUGAGCACACUGAGAAAUCGACAGAGGCUAAGAUUUCAAAGAAAGGGAAAAUGGCAGAUGGCAAAGAAGAUACAGUUGGAGAAGAUGAAGAUAUGGAGGAGUUGGAACUUCCUCAAGAUGUUGGAAUCACUCAUAAUACAUUGUUUGUAACCCCAAAUCUUCGCAUGCGGCUGCAGGGCAAUCUGCAGGAAAGACUGUCAAACUUUAACGGUAGUAGGAGGGCCGACCCCACCAUUGACGGGCAUUUCCGCAAGCAUCUGAGCUCCCUCUGCAGUCGGCAGGCAGAUCCAGCGGUGGCCUUGGACAAUGGCAGCGCGUCUUCAUUCGAUUCCCACUACUACAGAAAUUUGGAAAGCGGAAAAGGGCUUCUGUAUGUCGACCAGGCGUUAAUGGCGGCGCCCGUCACCAGCAGCAUAGUCGACUUGUACGCUUCCAAUCAGGAGCUCUUCUACCGUGAUUUCUCACUCGCCAUGGUCAAACUUUUCAACCUGAAUGUGCUCACAGGAAAACAGGAGCAGAUAAGAAAAGAGUGCUCUAAGCUUGUCAAUGGCAGCGGGAGGUCAAGAAAGCCCGUCAUUGGCAAAUUGAAGCUGCUCUGGUACAGCCUCACGCCCGCUUCCAGUCGCUCGUCGAGCAACCCAUCGUCUGCCCCUGCAUUGGCUUCUAUGUGGCCCACCCUCUAUAGUUGA